AUGCCUUUUGCUCAGCUUGUAAUAGGCCCCCCGGGCGCAGGAAAAUCGACGUACUGCGAUGGUAUGAACCAGUUUCUCGGAGCUAUUGGGAGGAAAUGCUCCAUUGUGAAUCUCGACCCCGCAAACGAUAAGACAUCGUAUCCCUGUGCGCUCGAUGUUCGCGAUCUAGUCACUCUGGAGGAGAUUAUGGCGGAGGAUACGCUGGGACCGAACGGCGGGGUGCUAUACGCACUGGAGGAGUUGGAGCAGAACUUUGAAUGGCUGGAGGAGGGGCUAAAAGGACUUGGAGAGGACUACAUCUUGUUUGACUGCCCUGGCCAAGUCGAACUAUUCACACAUCACUCCUCGUUGCGGAAUAUCUUCUUCAAGAUCCAGAAACUGGGGUAUAGAAUGACCGUCAUCCAUUUAAUCGAUUCGUAUAGCCUGACGCUUCCGUCCAUGUAUAUCUCCGCACUCCUCCUUUCCCUCCGCGCCAUGUUGCAGAUGGACCUACCCCACCUGAACGUCCUGACCAAGAUUGACAAUCUGUCGAAUUACGCUCCGCUGCCGUUCAACCUCGAUUUCUACACUGAGGUACAGGACUUGUCGUAUCUCCUACCGCAUUUGGAGGCCGAGUCAUCACGACUAUCACACGGGAAAUUCGGCGCUCUCAAUAAAGCGAUCGUCGAGCUGGUUGAGGAUUUUGGGCUCGUGGCAUUUGAAACCCUCGCGGUGGAGGAUAAGAAGAGCAUGAUGAACCUGCUCAAGGUGAUUGAUCGGGCCGGUGGGUAUGCGUUUGGCCCUGCAGAGGGCGCGAAUGACACUAUCUGGCAGGUGGCCGUCCGAGAAGGUCUAGGUACUAUGGAUAUCCGAGACGUCCAAGAACGAUGGCUGGAUUCCAAGGACGAAUAUGACGAACAGGAGCGGCAGCAGUGGCAGGAAGACCGUGCUCAAGCAAUUGGUUCUGGCCCUGGAAAUGCUGAACACGCUGGAGACGGCUCUGAAGAUGAUGAUCUAGACCUGGGUCCUCUACCUGAUAGCGGUGUAAAAGUGAUACGAAAGUCAUAA